GUUGCCAGGAAGUGACGUCGCGUAGUUACCAGGCACCGUGUUAUUCAAGCUAUAGCCUGCUAACGCUAAAUGUGUUUUUUACUGCAGGUUUGCUCUGUAUUUAUUCAGAUUCCUGACAUUCUUUCUGAAGAAGAAACUUGCAAACGGUCUAUCGUGCCUUCUUUCGUUAGGUGUGCAGAGGGGAAAUUGCCAUGUUCAACCCCAGUGAACUGGAAGGUGAAGUGGAUCACUCGUUUUUCGACAGCGAUUGUGCUGAAAGCAGCGCAAAUGCAGAACAUAAGGUGGAGAAAGGCUUGAAGGCUGAGAAGAAGAUCUCAAAAGCACAUGACAAGUUACAUGCAAAACACAGAGAGAAUUAUCAUGGCGAUCUGUCAUCAAGGACUGAUCAGACAAGAAAACAUCUAAAGCAAGUGGAGACCAGUAAUAGGAACAGUAGAUCGUCUGUUUCCAGUACAUCAGAUAAAGUCAGCAGUGAAAGCAGUGAUAGUGAAGAUUGCACCAAUUUACAACCUAAAAGGUCCAGUAGAACCUUCAUGGCUUUACUGGCUAAAGCCAAAGAGGUAGAUAAUACAGAUGUUUACAUCCAGAGUCCAAAAGAGACCAAAGGAGAAGCAUUACCAUUCAGUGCCAGCUCUGACAGGAGAAAUAAACAGUCUUCUAAAAAAGUAAUAAGAAAUUUGCGCAACCAAAGUCCUUCAGCUCCUCUAAGAAGGUCUGAGAGUCCUUCUCUUUCAUCGACUGAGACCAGUGCAGAUGCAGACUCUGAGGGCUCCUAUAGCAGUAGCAGUCACCAGAGCAGCUUAGAGUCCCCUGCCCCCCCGAAACCAAGUGCAACUUCUUCUUCAUGUCCAGGAAUAAGAAGGACCAGAGUAGGCUCAGCAAGGCCUCGGGACUUGCCUGUUCUCCAUACGGCAGACUCAGAUGAUACAGUGACAGAUGUGACCCCACUCUCCUCACCUGACACCAGUCCUCUCCAGUCACUGGACUUGAAUGUCACAGAGGUUGAAGAAGAAAGUCAUAAAGAGGAGCAGGCGCGGGAGAGUGUGCCCUCCAGUGGUCUUAGAAACAUACAAGAUGACGACUCAGAUCAGGAUGUAGAUGAGUGCUCUCUCAAUUUAGAAAGUCAGCUAGGAAGAAAACUGGUCUUCCACUAUCCUGGAGGGAGAAACAGGAAAAAUUACUCCUUCAGCAAUGAGGAGGUCCGGCGCAUUGAUUUAGAGAAUCAGCGACUACUUCGCGAGCUGUCUCGCCUCUCUCCAGGUCCCAGAUUGGGAAGCGCACCAGUGAAGAAAAGCCACGGGGCAAGUAACUCUCCUCGAAUUCGCCUCACUCACAGUGCAGUGAACAGGCAACGAGAACAGCAACGGAUUGAGCGGGAGAACCUGGCUUUCCUGAAGAGGCUGGAGUCUGUGAAGCCCACACCUGGCCUGAGGCGCUCAGAGCAACUGACAGACUAUCAGCGCCAAGCCGGAUACCUGGGAGGUUCUUCAUAUCCCAUCUGCAGGUCCACCACAAAGAAAGAUCGAUCUAGCAGCAGGACUACCUCAGCAGGUCCCAGGUCAGUCAACUCCAGGGCAUCACUCCCCUCCAGUGACUCCAGCAGCAGACCUUCACCCAGGUCAAAAAAACCAGUUGCAGCCCGGGCAGCCUGGUGCUGAGAGCGCUGCUUAACAACAUUAAAUCUGCUAAAAUCUGGUUUCUAUUAUCCAUAUUCAGUUGAUAUCUUUGCAUCGCAAAAUAUUUAAAAGGUACAAAGCUCAAAGGUUCUUGUUAUGUAAAUGGGUUCAGCAUACUUUCAUCUGGCUUAAUCAACUCUUCAGUGAUUUUAGUGUCACCAUGCGUAUCCAUUAUAAACAUUUUCUUUGAAUCUGAAAUUUGGUAUGUGUGGCUUCUGCAGCAGUGUCACAGUACUUAAGUUAGCUGCACAAGCAGGAGAUAUUGCUUUGUUGAAGGUAUAAAUGUACAAAUUGUUUAUUAUGACUGAAUUUCAGUUCCUAUAAAUGUAACCUUUUUUUACAUUGCUUGAUUAAAUAGGAUGCACAAAGAAAUUGUGUUUUUAAGUUAUU